AUGUUCAGGAUUCGCCGCCGCUUGCCAGUCUUCUGGGCGCUAAUACAAGCAUGCAUGUUGCUCUUAAAGAUAAUCUUCAGUGCUGUCCAAAUUCAUGUUGUAGAGUUUCUCACAACGGGAAUUUCGACCGGCCAGAAGAAUCUCGGCAUCAGCAGCAGGCAGGAAACGAAGCUUGAUCGGCCAGGACAUAGAAGGGCACCAUCGGAUGCCAUUCUGGAAGAGAUAACAAACGGUCGUCGGACUGUUAAUAGCUUGCGCUUAAGAAGACCCUACUGGGGGACAAGUCCGCAGGAGGCGUAUCAACAUGCAAGACGUUAUCAACAGCAAGCCGGUUUGGGGGUCCAAGCUAACCCAGAAACGAAGGGUACGGUAGCGCAGCUGCGCACGGUUGCCCUUACAUACAGUAGCCUGCAGCUACUCCGGGAAAAGUAUUUCAGAUAA